GUUCUACGAACGAAAUGUUAAGGUGUGUUGGUUUCUACGAGAAGUUCUGUCGGCCUUUAUCCAUUCCGCUGGACUACACGCUGGAGACCACCAAGGAUGCAUUUUUGCUGAAGUUUCCAGAAGUGAAAACAAUGGACAGGAUACUGAUCCAGGUCCUUGAUGCAGACCUUGGAGAGUUUCUGGAUUGGGAUGAGGAGACAAGACUGGUGGCAGGCUCAAAAAUCAAAGCCUCCCAGCUGACACCUCAUGAACAAACCCCACCUCCUGUGGCCAGUACACCAGAAGUGCCUGAACCGCCACCGGUGGUGCAGGAGAGUUCGAGCUCUAUGCUUGAUCCAAGGAACUAUGUUUUUCCCCCGACGCCUAAAGAUAUACUACACAACUUGUCGAAAGUGCAGACGAAGUCUGGGGUGUCUGCGAAACUCCGGCAUCGCAUCACAGAAUGGAUGUGUUUUGAUUUGUUUCGAUACACACUGUAUCCUGCCAAGCUGUACGAGCACGCUGCCAGACAGCUUGUCUUGCGCCACACCAUCCUGCAAGACUCAAUUGGAAAUGGCCAUGAUUCCUGGCAGCGUGCAUUGCGCUUUAAGUGCAAGUUCGAGCGAUCCAAGUUUGUAAACGACGGCGAGAUCGCAUCUACCCGAAAGAAGUUUGGGAGGCACGCAGCCAAGCAAGACGCUGCGAAUGGGUUGGAGUCGGCGAAGAGAGUCUGCCGCCAGCCUGAAAAGCUAGUCGACUCUACGGAGGAUGACUACAGCAUCGAAGGCCAUAUAAAGUCUAUGCAAAGAGAGAUGAGGAAAGAGAGCCCAGACACAGGCAAGCUCUUGGAUGGGAUGACCCGAACGUUUGCUGCCCGUCGGCAUUGGAUUGCAAAGGAGCGCCCCUCCGCCCAGGAGAUCCUCCAGCGCUUUCCAGCUCUCGAGAGAGCAGAAGAAAUCUUCCUAGAAUUCCAAAGAUUCGGGGGCAAGUCACCUGUCCAAACCAUCACUGCGGUGGCCCAACAGGAAAUGGACACAGCGCUGGACAUGGCUUCGAAGAAGGUGGACAAGAUCACGUACGAGAUCUUGGAGAGGGCUGACACGUGUAGUGAGGAGGAUCGGCAGUUGGUGACCACCCUGGCCAUGCUAGUCACUCUUCCACGUGCUGUGAGGGAGAAGUCCUCUUCAUUUCUCCAGAACACGGCACCAUGGUUCUCGACGCAUCCAGCUGUCAUCUGGGAUGGGGACCUGGACAAUCUGGGACCAUGCAUGGUACAGAUUGAAGACCAGCUCCUGAAGGCCGAUCACCCAGUGCAUGCGAUUCUAGUCGCAUUCUGCCUGCACUGGGUGGUCGACAUAUGCUACCAACCAGCAGCAAAAGGAUUCUAUACCCUUGUUGAACACCUGCUGGGGUUGAACGUCACAAAGGCGACCGGAAUGGUCCUGACGACCCUGUCGGCCGUAAAAAAAUAAAAUGGCUUUGCCUGAGUAUAGGCAGCUUGACCUAA